AUGUCAACUUACAACGAAGUACAGCUGACGAGUUUGAAGAAAAAGAAACCUAGAAAUAGAGGCAAGAAUAGGACAAGACCAGAACAAGGUGAUGGUGUUUAUGCAACUCCUACUCAAGAACGCAAAAGAAAACUAAACAUGGAUUACAGCACUCAACUGAAUACAAAUUCGGCAUUUAGUUGGAAUCAAGGAACCAGUAGUUGGGGAGGUAGUAAUGAAGAUCAAAAUGGGGGCAAUCCUUGGAGUGAACGAAACGAUUGGGCACGUAAUAAUGGGGAUCAAUCGGGGGAUCAAAGUUGGAAACAAAAUUUGCCUAGAUCGGAGCCGAGUACUAGCUCUUAUUUACCACCAAACCCAAUUAAAGCUCAACAAUUGCAACCUAUGAGUUAUAGUGAUAUUUCAAGAAGAGAAAUCAAGGAUGAUUUUCCACCUACUCAAAACCCGUCACUGUCUACUUUAGGGAACCUGCAAAGCAGACCAUUACAAAACAAGAAACGAAAAGUUCAAUAUAACACAACUGCAUCCAAUUUACAGCUGAAAAAACAAAACAAGAGUAAAUCAAGCACUCAAGCUAAUACCAAACUGAAUCCAAAAACGGUUGAUUGUAUCGAGCCUAUACUUAGCAAUAGCAAUCAGUCCAAUACUAAUGUAAUUGGUCAAGACGGUUCCGGAAAUGGACCAAAUAAUGAUUUAAACCAAAUUUGGCAAGAAGACCUUUCACCGGAGGUAUUGAAGUUUGUUGAAACAAAAUUAGCAAAAAUGGAGGAAAAGAUCAACCCAAGGAAGCAUGAAAUUGCAAAACAGCAAGUGGUGGACCUUAUAAGACAGGCAAAAGAUGAGAAUCUUUUAUGGGAAAAUGACUGGUCAAAUCAAUUAGUGCCACUACUUGAUGGCGGUGGUCCAUUAAUAUUAGCAUGUAAAAAACCAUUGAAGAAAAAACAUAUCAAUACUCUAAACUCUCAAGAAUAUGGAAGUAAUGUUUCAACAACAGUGCCAGAAAAUGUUCCGGAAAAUUUUCACUCAAAUAACGAAAGUGGUUCUAAUGAAGUGGAAAUUAUUGAAGUUGAUAAUGGACCCUCAGACCUUGGUGGCCACGCCAUCACCAAUACUUUCCAACAAUCUUCUGAUCAAAAAUCCUCAAACUUACCCAAGCUACCUCCUAUCCCAAGUGGAAUUCAACCUAUAAGCGGUAGCGGCGACAUAUAUAUUGACACUAACGCUGCUCAAGUACCUCAGAUGAUGCCCUACUCAAAGAUCAAAAGCAAUAAUUUGACUGAUGACUAUAUCUCGGAUGAAAGAAAGCGUCAAAGGUCAGUAAGAUUCGACAAUACGGCAACCGUAACUCCCACAUACCCUAUCAAUACGGAAAGUAUUAAUAAGAGUGGUGCAAUUGUUGGGCUCAGUACUAACCUAGAAAAAUCUUAUUUGAGAUUAACUUCAGAGCCAGAUCCAAGAAAUGUUAGACUGCAGGAAACACUAAAAUUAAGUUUUGAUUUUGUGAUGAAGAAGGCUAACUCUAUGGAUCCCAAAGAUGCAUAUGGUUAUUUAAUAAAUCAAUUUAAGUCAAUAAGACAGGAUUUAACUGUUCAACAUUUGAAAAACGAGUUCACCAUAAAGGUAUACGAAACUAAUGCCAAAAUUUCAAUUCAAAAUGGAGAUUUGGGUGAAUUUAAUCAAUGUCAAACUCAGUUGAGACAUCUCUAUCACAUGGAAAGAUCACUGAAAUCACUCAAUGAAUUUAUAGGAUCUGAAGUUGAAUUACUUUGUUACAAGGUCAUAUAUAUGAUGAUUACGAGAAAUAAUAGUGAAAUAUGUAAAUUGAGAAUGACAAUCCUGAAAGACUACAAAGGUUUUUUGAAGAAAAAUUCAGAUUUGAUUUAUUUCAAAUUUAUUACAACUUUGUUUAAAUGCAAUGAUUAUUUGUUAUUGAAUAAUUGUUGCAUGUUUUUUAACAAUUUGAAAAGAUUUGAAAAGUUCAAUGAAUUAGAGGUUGCCUUGACAAUGAUUAAACAAUUUUUAUUUGAAAAAGUCAGAAUCUCGGGUCUUUACCUUAUCUGUAAUAGUUACAGACAAGUCAAUGUCCAAUUUGUGCAAACAUUUUUGAACUUUCAAGAUGAGGCCGAAUGUGACACAUUUUUGAAGAAAUAUAAACUUGCUGGAUUUUGCGUGAAAGAAUUUUUAGCAGCUGCUGCAAAAGUCAGAGUUACCGAGUUAUAUAAAAAGAUUUCGAAAAUAGAUAUUAAAGGUCAACUUUGA